UUUCAGCCUGAAAACACCCAAACUGUCAUCAUCAUCAUCAUCAUCAUCAUCAUCAUCAUCAGCAGAGUACAUUUCAGGACCGGUGAACACAUUGAAGGUGCUGGAUGUGAAAUCAGUUUCAAAAUCAACAAGAGAGAAAAAUUGUCAAGCUGAAAAGUGAAUUGGAUUAGAAACCAGGGAGAAGUUUGAAGAAAACCUUCGCGUGGUUUCCACUGGAUGACUGACGUCACCACGCACGCACACACACACACACACACACACACACGCACACACGUCGCUUUUCACUUUUGACGCGUUUACUGAGAAGACCUCAAAAGGAAGUCGGCCUUUAGACGGAAAAGAAAGAAAGACAACAGAGAGACAGGCAGACACAAACAUAGAGAGAGAGAGAGAGAGCCAUCUAGAUAGAUAGAUAGAUAGAUAGAUAGAUAGAUAGAUAGAUAAAUAGAUAGAUAGAUAGAUAGAUAGAGAGAUAGAUAGAUAGAUAGAUAGCGAGAGAGAUAGAUAGCUAGCUAGAUAGAGGGAGAGAUGUGUCUUCCAUCCCUUUCUGCAGCGUGGUGCUCAUCCAACCUUAAGCUAAAAAGAUCUUCUUCUGUCUCUCAAUCUUGACCAAAAGCAUUCUGGAUGGAGCUACCACAAGGCUCUCAAUGUUGCGACAUGUGGACAUCCAUCGCAGCCUGGUCACACCCCCCCCCCCCUCAAGGUUUCUUUUUUCUCCCAAUGGGGUUUUGUCUCCGAUCGUCGCUCACUGCGGGCCCGUGAAGCCCUUUGAGACUCUUUCGUGAUGAAGGGCUAUCCAAAUAAACCUUAACGAGCUCCUCCCGUGUCGCUCUGGGCUGAUGCGUAACCUUUCUCACGAUCAUUGACACCCCCCGAUCUUGCGAAGAGCCCCGUGAGCGAGGGACAUGGACGGUCAUUUUAGGGUUCUUCCAUUUUCUAAUUAUUGCACCAACAGUCGUCUCCUUCCGACCCAGCGUCUCGCCAACGGUCUCGUAGCCCAUCGCAGCCUUGUGCAGGUCUACCAUCUUGUCCCUGAUGUCCGUAGAAAGUUCUUUGCUUUUGCCCACGAUGGAGAGCUCGGUGUCCGGUUGAUUCUACGGACAGGUGGCAAGUUGGAAUACAACUAGCGACUUUAGAUAAGGAGUACUUUCUUAAAGUGAGAGGCCUGGUCUGUGGGAGCCACAAUUCUUUAUUGCGGGUCGGGGCUCAAAUGCUUAUUUCACUCAAAUACAUGUUGAUCUUUUUUGAAAUGCGAUUUUAUGGAUUAUCAUUUCGAUAUUCUGUCUCUCAACUGUUAACAUAAAGCUAGCAUUCAAAUGAUAGACCGCUCAUGUCUUACAAAAGGGUCAUUAUUUCUUCCAGUCCUCAGUUGCUUUCAGUUUUCCAGCUUUGCGCGAAUGCUGAACUCGUCUCACCGUUUCCUGCAGUUUCGGUCUUAUGUGCUCAUGUUUGGUCUUGUCGUGUCCGUGCUUGCAAUACAAACAAAUGUUCCACAAAUCUCCGACGAUAUUCACGACUUCAUCGGCGACGAGUCUGCGUGUCGACAGGAAGCGGAGCGGCCGGAGCUGCGGUGCGGCCGACGCAACCCGGAGCUGAACACGCUCGAGACUGUAGAGAUGAUCGUGGACUACAGGAGGCAUCCUUCGCCACAGCUGCCCUCACGCUGUCCAGCUGCCGUCGAGACCUUCAAGUUCCUGGGAAUUACGGUCUCUCAGGACCAGAAGUGGGCGAUCGACCUCAACUCCGUCCUCAAAAAGGCCCAGCAGAGGAGGGCAUGUUUGUGUGUGGGAGCGUCUCCAUGGCGACAUGCGUGAGUUUGUUGUUGAGCACGUGUGUAUUAGCGUGUGCGGCGUCCAACGUGGACACGCGCUUCCCGCUGCUGAAGACGGGAGCAGACGGAACUUUGUUUGGACUUUCCGUCGCUUUGCAUCUUGACCUCAAGUCACACACGCACCUCCUAUUGGUCGGAGCUCCCAGAGAGAGGGCGGAGCCCGAUGUCCCGGCCAAUCGAACCGGGGGCGUCUACAGCUGCCCGAUAACUGCCAACCAAUCGGAUUGCAGGAGGCUAUCGCUCAUGAAGCAAGACUUGGACCCGUCCGAGGACCUGGUUGAGGACAUGUGGUUGGGCGUGUCGCUGGCCAGUCAAGGGCCACCCGGGGGGCGGGUCCUGGCGUGCGGUCAUCGCUUUGUGAAGGUUUACGGUGCGUCCAAGCUCAGACACAUGAUCGGUCGCUGUUAUAUCCGCGGCGACGACCGGCGCCACGAUGGCGCAGACGACCAGUGGCGGUCCCUUGAGCAGGUGUGCAGUCACCUGGGGGACGUGAGCAGAGAGGUCAUGUGUAACUCGGGAAUGUCUGCCGCCAUCUUUCGGCAUGACAUCAUCAUCGGAUCGCCAGGAAGUUACCAAUGGCAAGGAAACGUCCACGUGACCUGGACCAAUCCUCGCGUCAUCUUUGACACCAGGAGGAGUUCCUUCCCAAACCUGCAGCGCAGGAACAUCUACUUAGGCUAUUCAGUCAUUCAGGCUGCUGGUCUUCUCUCUCAGGAUGACGUCACCAUAGUAACAGCAGGCGCUCCGAAGGACACCAAAGAGGACGCCCGCGGUUCUGUGCUCCUAGCGGUCAAAGAUGCCGGCGCCGGGCUGGCCAUCCGGCAGACGCUGCGAGGAGAGCAGACGGGCUCGUACUUCGGGAACGCCGUGGCUGCCGCGGACCUGGACAACGACGGGUGGCACGACCUGCUGGUGGGCGCGCCUUUUUACUUCCGGCGGCAGCAGGAAGUGGGCGGGGCGGUUUACGUGUACAUGAACGCGGGGGGGCGCUUCCGCUCGACGCCCACGUUGGCGCUGAAGGGGCCGCGGGCUUCGGCGUUCGGAAUGGCCGUCGCACACGCCGGCGACCUCGACGGAGACGGCUUCCAGGACUUUGCGGUGGGCGCUCCGUUUCAUGGAACGGGAAGUGUGAUGAUCUGGAGCGGGAGCAGCACCGGUGUCUCCAGCCAACCCAGCCAGGUGAUCAGCGGAAGCAGUCUGUCCCCUCGCUUGUCCACUUUCGGGUUCUCGUUGUCCGGCGGACUGGACGUGGACGGGAACCGACAUCCAGACCUUCUGGUCGGCUCGCUGGACGACACCGCUGUCCUGCUGAGGUCUCGUCCGGUGAUCCACCUCAACAAAACCAUCAGAGUGUCCCCAAAUAUCGUGAAGCCCAACACUUGCGACUUUUGUAUUGAGGUGGAGGUGUGUUUCUCGUACACGUGGAGCACCGGUGACACGCGCCAGCGAGACAACAUCACCGUCCGGUUCAGCGUGGCUGCCGACGUCGGCACCCCGAAGCCCCGCUUGCGUUUCCGUGGCAAUGGCCAGAGCGCGUACUCGGGCUCCAUGCUGGUUCCGCAGCGGCGUUGCAGAACUCUGAUCGUCGGACUGCCGACUCCCGUACGAGACCACGUGGCUGCGUUGGUGUUCUCGCUGAACGCGUCUGUGCAGCAGAAGAUGCCCAAGAACCAAGACCCCCUCCAGGACCUGGCGUCCUUCCCGGUGCUGAGCCGCAGAUCCCGACCAGUCAGGACUCAGGUGCACAUCCAGAAGGCGUGCGGUUCCGAUAACCGUUGCCACAGUAACCUGCAGAUGGCAGCUCACUUCACCGACGCCAGGCGGCGGCCGCUGAGCACGCGGUCUGGCCGUCAGGUGUGGUCCUACGGGGGCGGCGCGGACCGUCUUCUGCUGCGGGUCGACGUCAGCAACACAGAGGAGGACGCUCACUCGGCCCUGCUUAACGUCACGGUCCCGCCGGCACUGGUCUACUCCGGAGUCCGGACUAAGAGUGGCAUCCAGAAAGUCCAAUGUUCCGUGGAAGGUUUCGUGGUUCUGUGUGAGCUGGGAAACCCUUUCAAAAGUAACCAGACGGUCGAAGUGUGGAUCAUUUUUGAGCCUGCAGAGAUCAGCUGGGACACUUUGGAGGUGGAGACGCUGCUGCAGAUGUCUACGCUCAGCGAGCAGACGGACUUGUCUCCAGUCUCGCUCUCCUUGAUGAUCAACUAUUCUGUGGACAUGUCCCUCACCUUGACCCGUCAACCGGGCCCCGUCCCCUUCGGCGGUCACGCGGCGGGGGGCGAGUCGGCCAUGAGGACGACGGAGGACGUGGGCCCUCUGCUCAUCUUCACCUUCCAGGUGCACUUGGGCGGGAGUUGCCGAGGCGACCCGGAGCUGGCGUUCAAUUGGCCGAGCGAGUCGUCCGACGGGAAGCGGCUGCUCUACCUGACGGAGAUCUCGCUGAACGGAAGCGCGGAAUCGCGAUGUGUCCCGCCCGGCAAUGUGGUCAACCCUCUGCGCCUGAAGAUGUCCAGAGAGAGGCAGAGUCUGCUGCAGGAGGAGGAAGUGAGCAAGGACGAGGGGCCUGUCCGUCACUUGCAGACCGGCAACAAGUCUUACGUCCUGGACUGCGUGAACGGCGGCGCCAAGUGCGUGCACUUCACGUGUCCGCUGCCGCACGUGAAGACGGGCGCCAGUGUGACGUUACGAGCGCGAUUGUGGAAGGCCACCAUGUUGGAGCGCUACAUGGACGCCAGGGCCGUGCUGCUGCGGGGGCGGGCCGCUCUCAGGCUGGGGACCUGCAACACGGAAGCCCUCAGCGCGCAGAUGGAGGUCCACGCUUAUCCCUACCCGGAGCGGCGGGCGGGCGGCGGCGCCCCCCUGUGGAUGAUUGCGGCGUCCGUUCUGGCUGGGCUGGGCCUGCUGGCGCUCAUCUGCGUGCUGCUGUGGAAGAGCGGCUUCUUCGUGCGCGGCGGCACGUGGCGGGCGGCGCGGCACCGGGGUCGGAUCGUAGCGGCGGAGGAGCGGCACGCGUGCCGGGACGGCGUCUCGACCGAGACCUGAACCCGAACGCCCCGCAGCCGCAGCCGUCCCAAAGGGGGACUCUCGAGUCAGCGGGGGUCACCGACACGGUGCCCGCAGGCACCCGGUAGCCCCUGUGGACCACGAGUAGGCCUGUUCUAAAAAUAGCUCACCGGUUCGAUGUAUUUUCUUGUGUUGCAUUUUUCAAUCAUAUUUGCAUUGGUGUACAUUUGGGGAAUGACUAAAUGUUUUAAGAAGGUUCAAAGGUCAGCAUUGUAGCGAUGAGAUGAUUUAGUCGUCAGUAAUUGAAGCAAAUGUGCGAUUUCAGAAGUGUGCGUCGCAUUCCUCCGCACCUUUCAAAAAGGUCGUGACCCCUGCUCCGUGUGUAUGUUGCGGUUCCUUGCAGUCUGUUGUUUGGACGACCUCGCUUCUGACCCCUGCAACUUGUUGUUUUGUGAAACUCGUUCGGCUAAGCUAAUGAGCGUGACACGUCCUCGUUGUUUGUAUAAACUUUGUGACGUCAAA